AAUGCAUUUUAUGUCCAUUUGUGCGCGUUUUGUCUCGUUACAGUGAGUUGUCAAUUUGCAUACGAAUAUCAACUUCAUUCAAAACGCUGUUGUGCUCGGUGGACUGCCGCAGUGACUCAAGAUGGAUGUGACAUCGAUGACAACGCUGCGCGACGUUUUAACCGUCUGCCAGGACAGGCCAAACGCGUUUGAACGAGGACUGGAAGUUGCUCGAAAAGUGUACGAGGACACACCAUUCGAUGAAUUCCUCGAGGAACUCGUACUGUGCCUGCAGGUCAUCAUUCCGAACACGGAGAGCGGCGAGUACGUCGAACGGCUUAUCGACUUCGCCGCUCGUUUCAUUGCUGCCCCGACUGCUCCCCAGGUUGCCGGCGAGUCCACUCCGACGAACAAACUUCUAGAGCCUAUGCUCCGUAAUGUGCUGGAAUGGAGCGGAAGCGGGAAGAAAGUUAUCCGCGAGAGGUGCUGCCUUUUCGUCGAGAAGCUGCUAGGCUACGUCAUGGACGACAGCGUUAUCAGCGACCAGCUAUUCGAGGAAAUCGAGAGCGCGAUGCUGACGAGGCUUCGCGACCGCAUCGGGAGUGUUCGCAGUCACGCCGUGGGGGCCUUGUCGCGGCUUCAAGACCCGAGUGACGUCAAGUGCAAAAUUGUCGAGAACUUCCUGUUCCAUGUCGAAGCCGAUCCCUCCGCCGACGUUCGAAUGGCUGUCGUUAGCCACAUGGUUCCGUCUUCACGCACACUGGGGGCACUUGUCGAGCGCUCGAGGGACACGAGAGAAGCAGUCAGGAAACGUGCGUACGAGCGCAUCGCAGAAAAAGUACCAGUGAGGUAUCUGAAGAUAAAGCAAAGGACCGAGCUUCUCGACUGUGGCCUCAACGAUCCGUCAAACGGAGUCAAGCAGGUUGUCGUGGAAAAUCUAAUUCCUGCUUGGCUCAAGCAUUGCCAGGACAGCGUUGUGGACCUGAUCAAGCUUCUCGAUGUCCAUGGAUCAGAGAAACUUGUGGAGGCACUGCUAAAGGCGUUGCUUAAGACGCAUGGCAUAGAAUUUUUUGUCAAGGACAUCAAAGAGCGCCUGCUCGAUCAGGACAAGCUCAUCCCGGAAGACCAACUUACCUGCGAAGGCACACUUUACUGGCGUAUCCUUGUGCAGACCCUUCGAGCUCAGGGAUCGACCGAGUCAGAGACGUGCUUGGAUGAAAUCUUCCCUGACCUGACCGUGUACUGUGGGUUUGUCUUAAAGUAUGUGUUGUCCUUUAGCACGGAAUGGGAAGCACUUCGUCAACUGGAUCAUCAGUUUGUUUCGCAACAGCUCAUACUACUUUUGAAAUCGGCGGACAUUGCGGACAUUGCUGGAAGGGAACGCCUUCUUGAGACUGUCAGGAAACUGCUGCUCUCAACAAAGGUAGGCUCGUUGCAGAUACCUCACUUGAUGAAGCUGAUCCGGUACAUUCACCCAGAUCAACACGACACAAUGCAAGAAGUUGAAGCGUUGCUACCGGAGAUCCAGGCACCCAUGGCAGCCACUCAGGGCUUCCAGACACAAGAAACACAGAUGGAGGCUCCAUUGGAUAUAAUGAUUGCCCGGAUUAGAGUGCAGCUGAACAUACUUAGAGAGGAGCUCUCAACUUUUAUUGAAGAGGAAAAUUUUGAUGCGGCUAAACAGACUAAAUACAAGAUCACCGAACUGGAAGGCGAACUCUCCAACCACCAGUCUAAAUUGGCAGAGAUGUCUGCUGAGCCAAAGGAGAUUGAGUGUGAAAAGAGCGAGGCCAUCAUUCUGAAGUGCUUGACGCUAAUUGCUGAAAUGAUGGCAGUCACACCUCUCACGUCACUGACUCCUUUCCUUCAAACGUGCCUCGAGGACAUCAUUCUCCCUGGGAUUGUCAGGAUGGACGUGGCAAUUCGUAAGCAAGCAGUAAGAGCACUGUCUUACUGCUGUGUGCUGAACAAAGAUGUGGCGAUGACAAACAUCAAGCUUCUUUUUGAAGUUUCUCUCGUGGACCAACCACAAAUACAAAGCGUAGCCUUGGCUGGUGCCCUCGAUGUUCUUCUAACGUAUGGAUUAGAGACAUUUGACGGCAUGAUCCGAAGCGUGUUUGAAGGGGAGGAAGACGACGAGAAUCCAUUACCGUGUAAAGUGUCAUCAGGCCUACUAGUGGACUUCUUGACCAAGUGCACGGACAUGGAAGAUGAGAACAUCAGGGCUGUGGCUGCGGAAGGUAUGGCCAAACUACAACUCUAUGGCCACAUAUGUUCUCCGACACUGAUGUCCGCACUCAUUUUGCACUGGAUUAAUCCGGAUGCUGACAAGAACAGUCGAUUUCACCAAGUUUUGGGUGCCUUUAUGAAAACGUAUUCGCUGGGCGGGCCGAAGAAUACCCAAUGUUUCGAAGAGGCAUUUAUGCCUACGUUAGAUGCUAUACUGACGGCACGCUCGCAAGACCCUCUCACUCAUCUCGACCCUGGUGAUGUCCUCAACUUCCUCAUCGAAGUGACCCUGCUGAGGUCACCAGAUAAUCCAUUCGAGUAUGCCAGUGACAACGAAAUAACCGAACCGACCCCGCACGAUCGCCUUGCCGAGCUGCUUUGUCGAGAGGUGCUAAAGGAUCCGGAUUCGCCUGAUUCCUGCGUCUUUGUGAAAGCACUCACCCUCCUGAGGCUUACCCACAGGUGCGCUGCCUCGGAUUUGUUGUCGGCAGUGCAUAAGAUGGAGAAAAGAGUGAAGGCAAAGCGCACCAUUGUGCUGGUGAAGAGGUUCAAGGAGAAGCUGCUGGCACUGUCACCGGCUGUGGCAGAGGGCGAAACAGAUGAGGCAUCAUCCAUGAGCAUUGUAAUCGAGAGCACAACCUCAAACGAAAGCUCUGUUCUUUCGGCUACGAAGAAAAAACGGGCCCUUACGAGAAGGACGAUCCAUCAGGGCAGUGUCCUGUCAAGUCCUCCAAGCACUGAGUCACCAGGACAGCAGCGAAGUUCGCAGGAACUCUUUUCAACCAGCACCAGCUCAUAAACUGCAUUCCUAUGCUUCACAUAUGUUAACAAUGCCACAGUUUGCCUGUGAAUGGAAGUUUGCCGUGCAUAUAUUGCAGCCAUUGAGGAUUGGCCUCCUGAAUGAUGCUGCCUUCAUCAUACACCCGAAGUUAUUGGGGCCAGUAAGCUGUACGAAGAGCAAAAGUGCACUCCUCAAUGCUUAAGACAAGGCAUCACAUGCUGCAUGUUUUUAUUUUAAAUGCCUUAUCUCCUGUGUUGUGCUUGUAUAAUGUUGUAAUUUUUGUUGUCAGUACGCAGUAAGUUUACUGCUUGUAUUUG